AUGGCCUAAAAUGUUUGUUCCUAAACACACCAACUCACUGGGAAAAUAUAGGUCAACCCCAUUUAAUACAAAACAGGGUUUUGCUGCUGUUUAAAUAAUUAAAAAAAAAACAUAAGUAUAUUUUUUUACCAACAAAAAAAUAAGGUGUUCAAAAUGUUCAAGGCAUAGAAUAAAUGUAAAUAAGUGAGAUAUAAUGAGGACAACGCCUGCUGGGCAGUGCUGAGGAGAGAUAUAGGGGGUUUCACUGCUGCUGCAAUAUCUUGCUCCCUGUGUGUGGAGUCGGAACUCGGGGGUGUGAAUGAGCUGAGACACGCGGCUGGUUGGAGAGCUGGUGACAAAACCCCAAUAACCUGACGGGAUCUCGCUCAAAACUGCUCAAAUUCCUCAGCAGCGUUUAAUCCUCGAAAGGAACAAGAGGAGCCUCUACUCUACUGUUUCAGGAGAGACCGGGAAGUGGCCACACAAUGGACACACAAUGGACACACAACGGAGCGCGUUUUAUGGCUGAAUAACACGUCCACGGAACGGGACUGAUGUUUUGCAAAGACUGCUGCUGAUGCUGCUGCUGCCUGGACUGGGCCGUGGAGGAGCAGCCACAAAGCGAAGAGAAAGGACAGCAGAAGUCAAAGGAGACGGAGCUCCACAAAGGAAUGAGGGCAACGCAGGACGCGUGUGUGUGUGUGCAGGGAAAGCAAUGCCCUAGAUCUGAAUAACAUCUGACUUGUACUCUGUCAUUCAGACUACCUUUCAUAGCUGUUUAUCACCUGGAAAAACAAAAAAAGGACGCGUUCAGUGGCACCACAUGUCCGUGCGUAAAAUGGAGACUGGAUACUUUUUUCAUUACGCGUACAAUAAAUUAUGUUUGUCACUAUAACUCAUGUCCUGUCCCAUGAGCACACACUGCUAUAGACUUCCUCAUACUUCAUAUAUCUGUGAGCCAUGAGUGAUGGUGAUGGCGAUGCCUGCAGAACCUGACAGCACCGGUGCGCACUGCAGCGGCACUCGUGAAAAAAAAGGCUUCAGCAAUGGUUGUUAUGUGAAAACAUGUGUCUUCCCACUGUGCCGUGACCGAGAGUACGAGUCCUGGGUGAGGCUGAUGUUCACUAGAAUAUGGAGUUGCCAGAGACUCCGGAGUGCGGUGUGUGUGGGGUCGCUUUUUCUCGCUCUGUUGGUCAAAUGUGCAGACUGGAGAGCUGAGAGCAGCAGCAGCAGACUCUCUGCUGACUACAAACUCUCCUAUUCACAGUCUCCUCUUCACUUCGUCUCCGGCUGCUUGGCGGAGCUGUUGCAAACUUGCUGGAGUUGUGUUUCCCCUUUGUUCACCCUCGUGUGUGCCUUCUUCUGGCUCGGCGUCUACUUGCUCCGGUGUGGAGUCCUCAUCCACACCGCCCUCUGCCUCUUCACCUUGUGCCACCUGGGCGAAGCUGCAGCGCGGUGCCUCCUCCUCCUGGACCGGACCGAUGAGCAGCAGCUUCUGCUCCUCUCAGCCGCGGUCGUUCUCGUCUGCGUGGCCACCGGCGCACUCAUGGUAGCGCGGCUGAACCAGGGCAUAUCCGUGGUCGUCUUCAUCAGCUUAGUCAGGACUAUCUCGCUCUUCUCGCUGCAGAAAGUGCGCGCCACUUGGAGACCGUACGUGGCGUACCUGGUCGGAGUGCUGGGCAUCCUGCUGGCGAGGUAUGCUGACAAGCUCCUUCCAAACAACCACCAAGGGAGACACAAGGAGGGCUGCACCCCCGUGACUGGAGGAGCCAGCCUGGAAGAGGUGCCUGUGUUUAAAAGGCGCAGGAGGUCCAGUUCUGUGAUAGCCUCAGACAUGGCACACAGUCAGUCCAACAGUAAGUCACAUCGCCGGACCUCUCUGCCAUGCAUCCAGAGGGACCAGAUGCUCCCCCGCUCCGAAUGGGACCACAAGAGAGGCUCCCGAGGAUCACAGUCAUCAGGCACCACCGUCAUGGUGGACAUAGCAGUGAUGGGAGAGGCACACGGACUGAUUUCAGACCUGCUGGCUGACCCUUCUCUGCCCCCCAACACCUGCACCUCACUGCGGGCCGUCAGCAACCUGCUGACCACCCAGCUCACCUUCCAGCCGCUGCACCGGCCGCGCCCUGCCCUCCUGCUUAGCCCCAGCGAUGCCUACAUCUUCUCCGACUCCGAGGAGGGACCGGAGAAAGGAGAGAAGACAUCCAUCCAUAAGCGUCUGAGGCGGAGUCUCCACCCUGGUCUUCUGAGGAGGAUCUCUUCCACGUGGACCACCACCACCUCCGCCACUGGCCUGCCCACCAUCGAGCCCGGGCCCGUCCGAAGGGACCGCAGCGCCAGCAUCAAACCCUACCAUGAAGCACUCACCUGCAGCUGUGGGAGACCAUACAUCAGACUGAGCCAUGGGGAGGGGUCUAUAGACAAGGGAGACAGGAUACCACGGUCAGCGGAGGACCAAGUGCUGGUGUCAUCAGACUACGACAGCACCCACGAAGCCAACCACAGUGACAGCAGUGAUGUAGCACAUACAGAGGAGGACACAGAGGAAGGAAAAAACCCAGCCCAGAAUGUCAUCCUCCACCCACUAAUACCUCCUGAGGACAAACCAACUCUGGCUCCAGAGCCGUUAGUAAUGGAGGAUUUGGAGCCUCUGACGAGUCAGCUAAAUAAUUGGAACUUCCCCAUCUUCAGUUUGAUGGAGAAGACCAACGGGAAAUGUGGACGGAUCCUCAGUCAGGUCUCCUACAGGCUCUUUGAAGACACCGGCCUAUUUGACACCUUCAAGAUCCCUGUAAAUGAAUUCAUGAACUACUUCCAUGCCCUUGAGAAUGGUUACAGAGACAUACCAUAUCACAACAGGGUCCACGCCACAGAUGUGCUUCAUGCAGUCUGGUACCUCACUACGCAGGCUGUUCCCGGUCUGCCCAGCCUCAUCACUGACCACGGCUCAGCCAGUGACUCAGACUCUGACAGUGGAAUAACACACAGUCAUAUGGGCUUCCUGGUUUCAAAGACAUACACUGUGUCAGAAGACGGUUACGGCUGCCUGUCAGGCCUCAUACCGGCUCUGGAGCUCAUGGCCCUUUAUGUGGCUGCCGCAAUGCACGACUACGACCACCCCGGACGGACCAACGCUUUCCUCGUGGCUACCAGCGCCCCACAGGCGGUGCUCUACAAUGAUCGAUCCGUUCUGGAAAACCACCACGCUGCCUCAGCCUGGAACCUCUUCAUGUCGCGGCCAGAGUUCAACUUCCUCGUCAACCUGGACCACGGGGAGUUCAAGCGCUUCCGUUUUCUGGUCAUUGAGGCCAUAUUGGCCACUGAUCUAAAGAAGCACUUUGACUUCCUAGCUGAGUUCAAUGCCAAGGUGGGUGAUGAUCCAUCCACAGGUAUUGAUUGGUCCAACGAGAACGACAGGUUGCUGGUCUGCCAGAUGUGCAUUAAGCUGGCUGACAUCAAUGGGCCUCUGAAGUGCAAGGACCUGCAUCUGCAGUGGACAGAGGGCAUCGUCAACGAGUUCUAUGAACAGGGCGAUGAGGAGUCCAGCCAGGGCCUUGCCGUCAGCCCCUUCAUGGACCGAGCGGCACCGCAGUUGGCCAAACUCCAGGAAUCGUUCAUCACACACAUCGUUGGACCGCUGUGCAACUCCUACGACUCAGCCAGCCUCAUGCCUGGACGAUGGGUGGAACCCAACCCAGAGGAGUCGGAGAUCACGGAGAAUGAGGAGGAGGAGGAGGAGGAGGAGGAGGAGGAGGAUGAUGAGGACACUGCAGAGGAAGACACGUCCACCAGCUCUGAAGCAUCACAAAAAGGAACGUCCAAGAAGAGAAGGAAAGUCUUUUGCCAGAUCACCCACCACCUGCUGGAGAACCACGAGAUGUGGAAGAAGGUGAUCGCAGAGGAGGCCCAGAAACAGGGCCAAGGAGCAGAAUCCGUCCAUUUAAACAAUGUAGCCGAGCCAAUCCUGGCCAUUCACGAGGAGGAAGAGGAGCCGGGCAGCAGAGAGGAGCUAGUAGAAGGAGAGGAUCCAGAGGAGGGAGUGGAGGAACCAGAGUGGCCCGCGUCUCCGCAGGAAGACUCUAAACCUCCAGAGGAACUAGCAGAGGGGGACCCACAGUGAAACAGCCCUUGGGCAAGGACGUGAAGAAGUAUUUCUUGUUUUCUUAUCCUAUCGACUGACUCCUGUCUUUGCCAGCACAUCACUUAGACACAACACUGUAGAUGUUUGGGAAAUGUGUGCCUAUACAGAAAAAAACAGGGUGGGAAAAUUUGUGCUUUACACAUUUUAUCUGAAUAUCUGGUUUCACCGAACAUUUAACGGAGCUUUCCAUAUUGCAAUACAGGAUUCUUUGUGUACUUUGGGAUACAGACUCUUUUGCUACUGUCAAGAGAAGAGGCAGACUGCUCGCACAGACCUCAACCCAACGUGGUAACACGGGACUGCAGAAAUUUGCUGCCAAUUUAUACAUAAUUAUUUUCUGAAUGCAAUUCUAUAUAGACAUCACAGUUACUUGUACUUGUGUUUCAAUUUUAGCAAGAGUUUUGAGGCCUCACAUGGGCCACAAUAUGUUUUCUUUUUCUAUAUAUGGAUUAUAAAGGGAGUCAAUCAAAUGAG